CCAAUGUUAGCCUCCAGUAGAGAUUGAAGUGACAAUGAAGGCCUGUAUCGUUCUAGCACUGUGUGUGGUGUCGGCUCUUGCCGGUCCUGAAGAGGACCUCUGGCUGAAGUUCAACACGGUUCGCCCGGCUGACUUGGAAGGUUAUGAGGUUCCAGAGUUCGAGGGCAGAAUUGUUGGAGGAAACGAAGUCAGCAUUGCCAACUUCCCGUACCAACUGUCACUUCGCCUAAAUGGAAACCACAUCUGCGGUGCCUCCGUCAUCUCCACCAGCUGGGCCUUGUCUGCAGCUCAUUGUGUCUUUCCUCAACCUUCCGUACAAGCCAUUACUCUGCGUGGAGGAAGCGCCAGCCGUGUGUCCGGAGGAGUCAUCUUCGGUGUUGCUCAGAUCGUGAUCCAUCAUCAGUACAACACCAACACCUUAGACAGCGAUGUGGCGCUUCUGCGAGCGACCACCACGUUCAGUGGAGCUAACAUCUCGCCGAUCGCCCUUAUGCCAAGUGGAACCGCUUUCCCCGCUGGUACCCGCUCCGUUGUUUCCGGAUGGGGUUUGACUACUCCUGGAGGAUCUCUGCCAACCAACCUGCGUGCUGUGAACAUUCCCGUCGUUUCCAUGGCCACUUGCCGUAGUCAGUGGGGAACCGCCCGUAUCACCAACACCAUGGUUUGCGCCGGAGAGCCAGGACGUGACGCCUGCAACGGUGACAGCGGUGGCCCACUUGUCGCUGGAGGAUUCCAAUUCGGUAUUGUGUCGUGGGGUGCAGUUCAGUGCGGGGGCCCUCUUGCUGGCGUUUAUGUUAACGUUGGUGUUCCUGGCAUCCGCAGCUUCAUCAGCUCGAACACCGGUGUGUAAUUGAACAUCUUUCAAAUAAAUCAAUAGUUAGCAAGAACGAUUA